UCAGUGCGUGAGACUAAAAUCCAAAAUGGCGCUGUCCACGAAAUUUUAUGGACUGUCAUCCAAACGAGAACUAUGGCUUCCUUUGUUUACCCAGGUGAGGUUUAGCCGCUACAAACCAACAUACGUUCCUCCCGUAGUGAACAGACAGUCCUACGAAGACGGUUCCCUUCCACUGGACAUCAGCACACCGGUCAAGGCUGCCGUAGGAGACAUCACAUCAGCCUUCACCUAUGACCCUUUGGUCCACAAAUUUGUAAAUGUGAUGAACAAGAAGGGGCAGAAGGAAACUGUUUCUAAGAUCAUGGAGAAGACUUUUGAAAUCAUCAAGUCCAAGCAAGUGGAGAAGUACAACAGGGCAUCCGAGAUGGACAAGUCCAGUCUAGAGACCAGUCCGAGGGUCAUCUUCAUGAAGGCCAUAGAAAACUGCAAGCCUUCCAUGGGUCUGGUCACAAUCAAGCGAGGUGGCAAGAACUAUCAGGUUCCCUCACCUCUGAAGGAUAACAGACAACGGUUUCUAGCCAUGAAAUGGAUUCUGCAAGAGUGUGAGAAGAAACCGCUCAAGAUGCAUAUGCCAGAGAAACUAGCUCAAGAAUUCCUAGAUGCAUUUCAUGAUCAGGGCAAUGUAGUGAAAAGGAAACACGAUCUUCACAGACAGUGCGAGGCCAAUAGAGCGUACGCUCACUUCAGAUGGUGGUGAUGAACAUUUUCACAAUUGUGAAAAAACAAACUUAUUGACAGUUCUAGAAAUUUACAGUUCGUGUAAAAAUGGACCUCAAAAGGACUGCAAUACUACCCGGUAUAUGCAAUCUUCAAGAGGAUGAUACUGGAAAGCAGUGUAGUUUCAAACAGACUGGAUUUUUUGAGGAUCAUUGGAAAGCUGGACAAGGAACUGUUGUUUCAGUGUCGGAGGUGUCCUGAAGUUGUCUGCAUGCAGAAUUCAACUUGCAUUGAAAGCUACCAGUGGAGAUUGAUAUGUAUGGAUCUGUUGAAGAAUAUUGAUACAAGGCGUCUUUGUUUUGCGAGGAUUGAUCAUUGUAUGGAAAGCAUCGACAUAAUUAUAUUAAAUGGUAUACUUCUGUGAUUGUCGUUAUCAACCGCCUUUGAACUUUGCAAGGUAGACCCAAAAUGUUGACCAAUAACUUACCAAUGAUGAAGAUAAUAGGAUCACUCUAAUGGUGGAAUAAUUGUCUG